UGAGCUUUGUGUCGUAAUAUCUUGUUAGAUUAGAGUCGAGUUCUCCUCCACUUGCGCUCGCCGUCUCCCUUGCCGCUUCAGCUCCCGUAGCUGUGUUCUAUACCGCAACGAUUCGUGAUUUCCGACUGGAAGCUCCUUAGGGCAGGGACCUGAUUGCUGUUUGUUUAUUACGACGCAGAACGCCGUGCGUAUGGCGCUCAAGAAACGAUAAUUUUCUAGACGUUGAACUUGGGCAUCUUCUUCUCCCUUCCCCCGUUCAUUAAAAGAGCGGGACGCGGCGGGGGUGGGGGGAAGAGAGCAGUUCGCUUGCUGGCCCGGCUCCGACGGCGGCGGCGGCAGCGGCAGCAGCAGUUCCUCCCGCGUGGCUCUCCGCUCGUCUGGCUCCAGCCGAGCCAUCCCUCCCCCCUCCCCAUCUCUCCUCUCCCUUCCCCUCCUCCCCUGUUUUGUUUUGUGCGGCGACUCCGGGAGCGUGACGGAGGCGCUCAGAGGAGCGCUUAUGCAACCGGCUGACCUACUAACACACAUUCGCCGGGCGAAGGAAGUAGGGCGGCGGCAGUGGAGCUUGGAGAAGGCGCGCGCGGCGGCGGGGCGAGAGCAGCACCGCGGAUCCCUGAAGGGCCACGCCGAGCGAGAAGGCAGGCUGCCUCUGCCCAGGGGUGAGCAAGAAGUAGAUCGGUCCUCAGGUGGACCAUUGACCAACUUCUGCUGCAGCACCUAGUACCUCCUGGGAGUUCUUUCAAAGAAUACUGAACUAGGCAGCAAGCACUUGGUCUGAAUCCGCAAGAGGGUACACCUGGGAUCCCACAACGCAGAUCAGUUAUGUCUUAACUGUUAAGGGAUGCUGAGCGUUUCUCCUGCCUUCUGGGCCUGACACAGCAGUUGCCAUUGACUCUCUUCACUUCCCACUGCGCCUGCAAGCCAGCUUUAUCUCUGCUCUGGUUGUCUGCAGGAGCCUGGCUGCAAAGCCCCACAAGAUUCCCGUGUGAACGAAAGGUCACCCCUCAGGUACUGCGCUGAGACUUGCAUAAUCAUCCUGAAUCUCCUGGGCCCCCAGCUGAAGGAAUCGGAAGGAAGGCCGGCUCCUGUGGGUGUCCUAGAAGAUGGUCUCUUUGUAUUGGACAUUUCUUUUGGUGUUGGUUGGAGCUUGGAGCCCACUUCACUGUCGUGACUGGAGGACAGCUCAAGGCUAUAUUGGAAGCGGCUUCCCUGGCAGCCUUGCUUCGUAACAGCAUUUGGUACAGAGCCGGAAAGAAGCAUCUGCUCCAGCAGCAGCGAGUGGAGGCUAAACGCUCCAGUGACAGACAGACAACGUGUAACAAGAGGGUGCUCAGGGGAUAUCAUUCCUUGGCACCAUGGAAAGCCUCAACUCGCCUACACUGUGUGUGUCGGGGAACUUUCCUGGAUUCCACCACGAUGGCAUGAUUCAACGAGCCCGGGCACUGAAGAGCAAGCCCAGCGCCAACUGCAGACGAAAGAGAGAGUUUAUCUCCGAUGAGAAGAAGGAUGCCAGCUACUGGGAGAAGCGUAGGAAGAACAACGAGGCUGCCAAGCGUUCCCGGGAGAAGCGGCGCUUUAACGACCUGGUCCUGGAGAACAGGGUGUUGGCGCUCAAUGAAGAGAACGUGCGCCUCAAGACGGAGCUGCUGCAGCUCAAGUUGCGCUUUGGGCUGAUCAGCACAGCUGCCUUCAUGGAAAAGAGCCAGCAGCUGAGCACAGCCAGCGCCAGCACUGCCAGCCACUUCUAUGGGGGCAGAGACAACAGUAUGUAUUCCAGCUCCUUGUCCCAAGCUCACCACUCAGAGGACUCGUCGGAAACGGAGCAGUCGAGCCGGGACAGCGGUAGCGUGUCGGCAGCCAAGUAUUCUCCCCGGGGCUCUCUGUCCGACAUGUCGGAUGGCUCGUCCCGAGAUAGCCCCGUGCCACAGACAUUUGGUGAGGCCCAGGCAGUCAGCCGGGCCUACGGGGAGGUGCCCCUGCAGCAGCAGCACCACCCCCACCCCCCAGAACGCAAGGGUCCGGUGCCUAGGGGCGUCAUCCUCUUCAGUGCCAAUGGCUUUACUGCAGUGGCACCACCCCAGCCCCUGCUUCCGGAACAGGAGGAGGCAGACAGCGGUGGGGCCGAGUCGCCAGAAAUUCCCUGCCUGGAGCGCGAUGCCCGUUGCCAAGCGGAGGAGCUGCAAGCCCACCCAGGCUUCUGCUCAAAGUCACAGAGCUACAGCACGCCGACCAGUUACUUGGAGGGGGAGUUGACCCAAGUAGAGCACAGGCGGAAAGCUCAGGAGCCGGGGUCCCCCUUGGAGGGCUACACCAGCGAGGAGAGUGGUGAGGAGGCCAGCUGGGGAUGCUCACCAGCUCCCUUCCUGGGGCCGCCAGAUGCGCACCUAGAUGUCAAGACCGCAGCUCUUCCCCAUAAGCUCCGCCUCAAGUGCAGGGCACACAGCAGCGGGGUCCAAGAGCCAUUCCCCGGUCCUAGCACGACCCCCGCGGGCUGCUGCCAGGAGACCUCCCCGGCAGCAGACUGGGACAGUGAGCGCCACGAAGAGAUGUCAGCCCUGGUGCGACAAGCAUUGCUUCUCAACGAGCAGCCUGCUUCUUCUGGCACCCUGGAGAGAUUCUUGUGUCGUGGCUCUGGGCUCCACUCAGAGGACUCAGGGGCCAAGGACCGUGUCAGCAGCUGGGAGGAUGGUUGUGAGGAUACUGGCCCCCGGCCCACAUGAAGGAGACUCGUGUGUGGGUAAAGAUUUGUGGGUGGUUUUGCUCUCUUGUUUUUUUAGACACGGACCUGGGGUCUUGUAUAAGAAACAAGUUAUAUGACCAGACGAACCUUGGAUUUUGGGAGAGGAGAGGGCCUUGAUCCACCCAGACCCCCAGGGCCGCUGGCUUCGGAAUCUAGGGGAGAAGGGAUCAUGAGACAAGGAGGGGAUCCUGCGUUGGAGUUUUGUGAAAAGACAGACUGAGGAACUCCUGAGAUCUGGAGGGUGGUGGGGUCCUUGCUGUGCUAGGCCUGAGAUUCAGUGCACUGAUGGGAUAUGUUUCAGUGAGCUCAGCUGACCAGUCAGUCACUGCAAUGUUUUGGGAUCCUUGCUGACAGAAAACACGGAGGAGCUGAUAUUCAACCCGCUCCAUGCUGGGGCUGAGGCUCCUGGAUACCCACAAUUGGAACCGAUGUUGUGUUGCCAGGACUACAUCAUUAUCUGUGUCAUGAACUAUUUGAUAUAACAGAAAUAUUUGUGUUUUUAAAUAAUAAAAUAAAUGUACAGAAAACAUU